AUGCGCAAGAGGCAAGUUAUUAUUAAAGCGAUCGCGAAGACGUCUCAUUUCAAGAGGCGUAAGCCGUACAUGGAACGCCGAUUUUGGGUUAGACCAGGAAGAACCAGUGCCUGGUGGGACAUGUUUGUACAUGGAAUUGUUGCGCCUGACGAAUGGCGAGCAAACUUUCGGAUGUCCAGACCGGCCUUGAUCCAACUAAGCGAAAUACUUCGUCCGUUUGUGGAAGGACAAACUACAAGACUGAGAGCACCCGUGAAUGUACUAACAAAGGUAGCAUGCACCUUGUACUACCUGAGUGAUGAGGGAAGGCUCAGAAAAACCGCAAAUGCUUUUGGAUUGUCCAGAUCUGUUAUUUCGGUCAUCAUACGACAGGUGUGUAAGGCCAUUACCAUCGUUCUGGGUCCAGAUUACAUCAAGACGCCGAAAACAGAGACCGAAGUAAACGAACUUGUCGCUAGAUUCUACCAGACACACAAUAUGCCGCAGUGCUUGGGUGCAAUAGACUGCACACACAUCGAGGUCAAAAGACCUUUGUGUAAUUCGACUGAUUUUAUAAACAGGAAGGGAAAACAUUCUUUGAAUGUGCAAGCAUUGUGUGACCACAAGUACUGUUUUAUGGACGUUGUGGUAAGAUGGCCGGGCAGUGUUCAGGAUGCACGCAUAUUUGCUAAUUCACAGCUGAGUGAUGACCUUAAAGAUGGGACUAUUCCAUCCUGCCAUAAACAGCUGUUGGAGGAUGAGGACCCUGUUCCCGUUUUUAUCAUCGGUGAUCCAGCUUAUCCUCUUAUGCCAUAUCUAAUGAAAGAAUACCCCACUGGCGGCGUUACCCCACAAGAGCAGUACUACGGGCUAUCACUUUGCAGGGCGCGUAUGGUCAUUGAAUGCGCAUUUGGACGCUUGAAGGCACGGUUUGCUGCGUUAAGGAGACCUAUGGACAUAAACAUGAAGGACCUUCCAUAUGUUAUAUAUGCUUGCUUUGUGUUGCACAACUAUUGUGAAGCGCACAAUGAAACUGUACAUGAACAAUCUUUACAUGCUGCUCUCAUGUAUGAAAGGGACUUUCAGCCACCCGUCAGAGUGUCUACGAGAUCGGACAACGAAACCGAGGGUAAACGCGUGAGACGUGUACUGACAACAUUUCUAGACCCAUAA